UGCGGAUCUCCAAUCGAGAGAAUGAUGAUGCUGUUGUCGUUGCUGUCGCUCUUCACGCUAGCGCGUUGCGCAAGUUGCUUCAUACCGAGGAUUAUAGGCGGACAGAACGCGUCCAUCGCCAACUAUCCAUAUCAGGUAUCUAUAAUCCACAAUAACAAUUUCCAAUGUGGGGGAUCCAUAAUAAGCAGUGAUUGGAUGUUAACGGCGGCGCAUUGUGUCUACGGGCUUCCACCCCAGCAAUUAAAAAUUCGCAUUGGCAGCAGUUUUUACAACAAAGAUGGCACAUUAAUCGAUGGAAUCACGAACGUACUUUGGCCUAAUGAGUACAAUAUGAUAACGUAUGAUUUCGAUGUUGCUGUGAUAAAGUUCCCUAAGCCAAUAACUAUGAGCGCGAGCGUAAAACCAAUCUCUUUAGCCAAGGCUACAAGCGUCGUUCGUCCAGGGCAAAAUGCGGUGGUAACGGGCUGGGGUCGUUUAACAGAAAAUGGUCCGCUGUCAGAUAAACUGCAAUCGCUGACGGUACCUAUCAUUGAUCUGAAGGAAUGCAAGAAAACAAGUGACAGUGUGACGGAUAAUAUGAUCUGUGCUGGUUAUAUGGCUGGUGGCAAAGAUACGUGUCAGGGGGACUCUGGUGGUCCGUUGGUGCUCAAUGGUGUCCAAAUCGGCAUCGUGUCCUGGGGCAGGGGAUGUGCGAGACCUAAAUAUCCCGGCUUGUAUACGCGAGUGUCCGCCGUGCGAAGUUGGAUAAAUCAAAAGACGAAAGUAUAAAAUUCAUACCUCACUCUCUCUCUUGGCGUACGUGCGCUAUAUUACGCGAACAUUUAUUUUCCUCUUUCACCGUUGAGAACCCGCGCCGGUUGAAACGGGAAAACAACCUGCGCUUCUUUUUUUAUCGCGCGCAUAAAUCCUUCCAUCGGAGAACACUGUACGGAUAGUAUAUUUCACUGUAAUAAUCAUACAAAAUAAUCUUUAAAAUGUAAUAUAAUAAGUUAUUGCAUUCAAGCUCACGAUUAAAUGAGAUUGAGUUAA